CUCUGCUGUUCGCGACACAACCGCGCGCAGCUGCUUUCAUUUCCCAGCGCUCAAGACGCUACGACAGAGAGAGCAGCUCGCGCUUCUUGCUCCGGGGAUAUUACCUCUGAUGGACUUGAGAUAAGACAAUAAUACGGAGUUUAUCUCUGUUUAUGACCACUUAGGUGUUAGUUACGAGUGUAGUUUUGCUGGACAUAAACUGCUCUAAUGUUUUUAACAGAACCCGUUUUAAUGUGCUUCAUGUGUUUGCGCUCAACAGUGAGGUAGACUUAUUCGGGGACACUUUACAAGAGUCUCGGCGUGUGAUUUAUCCCGUGGAUGCUGCUGUCGGGGUCGGUGUCUGAGCCCUUCAGGAUCAGCCUGUCAUAGGGCAUCAUAGUUUCUCUGGUUCCUCACAAGUGGAUGAGGAAUACUUCACCGGAGAUGCUGCUGUUGGUGCCGAUAUUGUGGCUUUUACCUCUGACCGGAGCGGCUCCGUCUCAGACUACCGAGCAGCUGGACUCUGGGGUGGACUGGUUGAGUAAGUUUGGCUACCUCCCGCCCCCUGACCCAGUUACUGGUCAGCUUCAGACCAAGGAGGCCCUGACCAAGGCCAUCAAAGCCAUGCAGAAGUAUGGAGGGCUGAAGGAGACUGGAGUCUUAGACCACGCCACACUGGGUCUAAUGAAAACACCCAGAUGUUCUCUGCCAGAUGUUUCUGAGGCGGAGGUGACAACGGGCCGCAGGAAACGAGGCUUGAACCCUCAGAACAAAUGGAGUAAGAGGCAUCUAUCCUGGAGAGUGAGGACCUUCCCUAAGGACUCGGCCUUACUGGGCAGGGACACUGUUCGAGCCCUGAUGUACUACGCCCUUAAGGUCUGGAGUGACAUCGCACCACUAAACUUCCACGAGGUGGCCGGCAGUGAUGCAGACAUUCAAAUCGACUUCAUUAAGGCCGACCACAAUGAUGGAUAUCCCUUUGAUGGGCCAGGGGGCACCGUGGCGCACGCAUUUUUCCCCGGAGAGAGGUUCACAGCUGGGGAUACACACUUUGAUGAUGAUGAGGCCUGGACCUUCAGAUCUCCAGACUCUCAUGGGAUGGAUCUGUUUGCAGUUGCAGUCCAUGAGUUUGGUCACGCCAUCGGCCUGGUCCACACUUCAGCCAUAGAGUCCAUCAUGAGACCGUACUACCAGGGACCUGUAGGAGACCCUCUGAAAUACGACCUACCUUAUGAAGACAAGGUCCGCGUCUGGCAGCUCUACGGUGUUAGAGACUCAGUGUCCCACACAAUCCGACCAGGCAACCCCUCCCAGACGGCUGAACCUCCUGUCCUGCUGGACCUUCCUGAAAACAGAUCCACUCUCCUGCUGGCACAAGAUGCCCCAGACAGAUGCACCAGUCACUUUGACGCCGUGGCCCAAAUACGAGGGGAGGCCUUCUUUUUCAAAGGGAAGUACUUUUGGCGACUAACUAGAGAGAAGCACCUGGUGUCUCUGCGUCCCGCUCAGAUCCAUCGCUUCUGGAGGGGCCUCCCACCCAAUCUGGACAGUGUGGAUGCUGUGUAUGAGAGGCCCGGGGACCACAAAAUAGUCUUUUUCAAAGAUCUGAAGUACUGGGUAUUUAAAGACAAUAACGUGGAGGAGGGCUACCCUCGACCAAUCAGUGACUUCGGCCUACCCUUGGAAGGAGUGGAUGCAGCCUUUGUUUGGCUACACAACGACAAAACCUACUUCUUCAAGGACAACCACUACUGGCGCUACGAUGACCACCUGAGACGUAUGGACCUGGGCUACCCCAAAGACAGCUCGUUCUGGAAGGGGCUGCCGCCACUACUGGACGACGCCAUGAGGUGGUCUGAUGGCUCGUCCUAUUUCUUCAAGGGGACGGAGUACUGGCGAGUGCCGAGCAGCGACAUGGAGGUGGAGGCAGGUUACCCCCGCCUCAUCGCUAAAGACUGGCUGCUGUGCACCGAGAUGCAGUCGGACUCUCCAGACACAGAGCCCAAAAGCACGGAGACUAGAGUCAACGUGCACCAUCACCCAGACCACGCAGAGAAUGGAUACGAGGUGUGCUCCUGCACCUCUGACACCGCCUCGCCUUUGGGCGCCCGCCCCUCCCCGUCUCCCCUGUGGCUGCUGCCACCUCUCUGGACGCUCUCGCUGGCCCUCCGCUCUGAACUGCUAUGAUGUCAAAGCAUGGGACAAAGAUCUCCAGCUAGGUGCAAGAAAGAAACUCUUUGGUGGAGGGCCAGUCGACACUCAGUCUAAAUACAAACUGGAACAUUUGGUUCAUAUAAAUAUCAAUUGGUAUGUUUUUGCUAUUUUUUUGCUGUUAUUUAUUUCACGUGCCAUUGGAUGGGGUCAUCUGAAGCGCCUUGCAGUAUGAGUAGUACAUACAGUUAUCAUUGAUCAUACUAGGGUAUAUCUAGUGGCCAUCAAUUCACUGACAUUGAUAAUGCUCGUACCGUGCAACACAGAACCCUAAGUUCUAUCUCUUAGUUUCCUCUUAAAUGGCUAAACUAUCUCAUCUUUGCAAGGAAUUGAGUGGGACUGUUCAGAAAUAUCUUCACAUGAAAUACAACAGUAUUCCAACAGCACCCAUAAAACAUUUUUUUUUUUUUAAAUGUAAAACAAGUUUACAGCGAUAAUGAAUGGCAUCCUGGGAUGUAGGCAUGUCAGUUUCCCCCUGUUUUCAGUGUUUGUGCUAAGCUAAGCUAACCAAGCCCUAGCUGUAGCCUCAUUUUUUUUCAUACAGAUAUAUCAAUGGCAUCAAUCUUCUCAUCUAACUCUCGGCAAAAAAAACAACAACGUAUUUCCCAAAAUGUCUGAACUAUUGCUUUAAAUAGUGGCUGGCAAGUAGAACUUCCUGCCAGGCUGAUUACUGCCUCGGAGCACUCUCCAUCAAUCAAAUGGUUAUGUUUAAGUUUAGGUUGGUCACAGUUAAGGUUACGGCUGUGACCAUGGCUGGGGUUUGAGUCCACCAAUCCCUAGAGAAAGAGACAGUAUUUUAACUCAACGGGAAAAGCUGCCUGCUAGAAUUGAACAAAGGUGUUAAAAAAAAAAAAAAAAAAAAGACAUCUGGGAUAUACAUAGAUGCUGUAGUUAGACAGGUGACUGACCGGCAUGUAUCUAGGCAGACAGGUGAAAAGUACCCUGAAAUGUAGUGCCGAUAGAUAGUUAGGUUUACAGAUGAAUGGCCCCAUGUGAUGUUGACAGGAAUCCAAAUGAAUGGCAUGCUGGGAUGUCGACAGGUAGAUGGAUGGCAUCCAGGGCUGUAAGCAGAUAGACAGGUGAAUACCAUCCAGUACAGCUACACGAAGAAAAGGGCAACCUGUGCUGUGGGAAGUAGGACAAAAGAAAACUUCCUUUAAAACAGAAAGUUAAAAUCUUAAGAGUUUCUCAGUGUCGCUUAACGCCAUUAUCCUAGCUUAACUCACUUACCUGUACUCCUUCGCUCUUUGAGGAACUGCUGCUCAUGGAUCUCCAUGAAACUCAUUUUCAACUCCGGUACAGAAGCAUUCCCUGCCUUUAUAAGAGGUAUAUUGGUUUUGUUGUAUUGUUUUGGUAAUAAAUAUGGAUAGAUUGUGAUUCCAUAUUGCUUUGAUCAGAUUAUAGUUUACAGAGCCUUUUUUUUCCUCACAACUGGACGAUUUCCUCCGUCAAUCCAAGCUCCUUCUGGUGACGCCGUUAGCAGACCUCACAAGAUAGCAACCGGAUUUAUUCUUGCCGAUAUAUUUACCUACAGUUUAAAUAUAGACACAGAUAUAUUUGAGUUGAGAUGUUCCAUAGUUACUUCUAAACCAAGUGGACUGUGUAUAUUUCAAGGUGUGUUUUCUAAUGUAAAAUAUUUUUGUAGAAAAAUAAAAGAAAAUGAAUGUC